CUAUCCACCGCCACAGCUCUUCAGUUGUUCAGAUGUGCGCGCGCGCAUCGCGUCUGUUUAGACUGUGGCGACUCAAGCGCAGUGGCAACAAGAAGUUCAAGUUCUUGAGGAAGCUAUGGCGAUGAGGGCUUUGAUAGUGCUAUGUGCUGUGCUGGCGUACCAGCCUUGCAAUGGUCGCUCCAUGCCUGAAGGGGAGGACUCGGUGGUGUCAGUCUAUACCACCUUACCCACCACCGCGGGAACCCACCCGUCGCUCGACGUCUACCACCAGAUAGCCAACAACAUUGCUGAGAGGAUCACCUCGCCGAUAUACAGAUUCCUCGGCAUCAACAAGACGAAUUCCGAGAAGAACGCCACAAGGAAAUCUUGGGAGAAGAUCGAACUCCUCGACGAGACUCCAGAAGAAGUCACCAAACCGAACUACCUGCCUGUUGACAACGACAUAUCCAAGGACAGAGACGUAGAAGAACUGUCCGUCGAAGCCCUGAAGAAGGCUGAUAAGAAACCAGAAAAAAUUACCCUUUACAACAGCUAUCUACCAAUUUUAGGAAAACUAGAGACCCUAGACGUCAAUGAUACUGUCAACGAAGUCGAUAGCAACAGGAGCAGUGAUGAUGAUGGUGGACUGACGCUAGAUGACGUGGGUGAAGACGAACCCAGAGAAAACUAUUUUACUUAUAUUCUAGAGGUAUUAGCGAGUAUAGUUCAGCUCAUAUGGGGCGGCAUUACUUCGUGGCUGAAGCCGAAAUCUAGUUCUGAGGAUUAGUUUUAAGGUAUUAUUAAGAUUUCGCAAGUAUUACUUAAGUGUUUAAACAAUAGUCACUCGGAUACGAAGGAUAUGCAAUCCGAUACAACAACACAAAGUGUAAAUGUGUGGAAAUAAAUAAAUAAAUCCUAGUGGAUAUCCAAAUAUCCACAAGUUUCUAAUUACAUAUUAAGGAAAAAGUUUAAAAAUAAAAUAAAAUAUACUUUUGAGAUUGGUUCAAAACCCAAAUAUGGGAUAAAUCAACAUGACAAAAAUUAAAAUAUAAAUGUACCUAUAACUGUACAAAUUAAUUUAAAUUAUUGUUUGAUGAAAUUAUAAAGUGCCAUCGAAUCUAGUAAUUUAUAUUGUAAUAAUUAAAUUAUGAACGAAGUUGAUUAAUGUAUAAAUUUUUGCAAACAAUUUGUAAGAAGUUAAGAAGACUCUUUAAUUUAGUAAUAAAUACAAGCAGUAAAACCUU